AUGUCAGAAUGCCAGAUUGAAAAAUGCUCGGCGAACGCCACGAUGGCGUCCAACAGGACGGCGUGCGUUAAGAUAACCGACAGCACCGUCAGCGACCUCCUGAUGACCACAUACAUCGUGGCCUUCAUCUUGGGCUUGACCUUCAACGUCCUCACCGUGAGUCCCAUCUGGCAACAGGUGCGCAAGGAAAACGUGCUGGGCAUCUUCCUGCUGAGCCUGUCGCUGUCGGACAUGUUGUUCGUCCUCACCUUGCCGCUGUGGAUCAACUACUACCACCAGGACCACCACUGGAAGCUGGGCGUCACGUCCUGCAGCGUCGUGGGCUUCUUCUACUACUCCAACAUGUACAUCAGCAUCCUCCUGCUCUGCUGCAUCUCCGUGGACCGCUGCCUGGUGGUCACCUACCCGCUGCGCUCCAAGACCCACCGGACGUCAAGCUGCGCCUGGGCCCAGUGCGCCGCCGUCUUCGUGGCGGUGAUGGCGCUGCACGUUUUCGUGCUGGUCAACGACAACCUCGCCGACGCCCACGACGACGCGUACAACAACGACAGGUGUUACGAGACCUACCCCAUGCAGGAGCGUAUCGCCUUAUUCAACCUGGUGCGCGUGGGCGCGGGCUUCUUGAUCCCCCUGCUGGUGUUGGCCGUCAGUUACUGGAGGGUGCUCGCCACCGUGGCGCAGAGUCCCGGCUUGAACGCGCAGGUCAAGAGAAAAGUCCGCCUUCUCUGUUUCGGCGUGAUCGGCAUCUUCUCCUUGUGCUUCGCGCCGUACCACGUUCUCCUCCUGGUGCGCUCGCUCGUCUUCUACACCCACGACCACGCCGGUUACUGCCAGUUCGAGCAGAAGAUGCACUUUGCUUUCUCCUGCACGCUGGCCUUGUCGAGCCUGAACUGCGUGAUGGACCCCGUGCUCUACAUGCUGGCCAGCAACGGCGUGCAGGAGAAGGUGAAAAUGUGCUGCAACCGGCAUAAAAGGACAGAAGCGGAAGAGUGCGCUCUGGCCGACCACCGCCGAGGAAAGACCAACAACAAUUUAAUCUGA